AUGACUCCCGCACAAGACAUCGCUGGCAGCAGCCUCGCACGCAGCAUCUCCAACAGCCUCAACCUUAGCACGAGCCCGAACCUCUCCUUUCACAGCCCACCCGGCACCUUUCGCCACCCACCGCCUGGCGCCUCUUAUGAUGGCCGCAACAGCAGCUUCCCCGCAAACUCGCACGCGCAACAGGUCGCGAAACAGCUGAAGCCCUUCGAUACAAAGGACAUCAAGGUCCUACUCCUAGAAAAUGUAAACGAAGCCGGUGUCGACAUCCUCCGCGGCCAGGGCUACCAGGUCGAGGCUAUCAAAGCCAGUCUGAGCGAGGACCAGCUGAUUGAGAAGAUCCGCCAUGUACAUGUCAUUGGCAUUCGGUCAAAGACGAAGCUCACCAAGAAGGUCUUGGACGAGGCUAAGAACCUCCAUGUUAUCGGUUGCUUCUGCAUUGGAACCAAUCAGGUCGACCUCCAGACUGCCGCAAGCAAGGGUAUCGCCGUCUUCAACUCGCCCUUUAGCAAUUCGCGCUCCGUCGCCGAACUCGUCAUAUCAGAGAUCAUCGCCCUUGCUCGCCAGCUGGCCGACCGCUCCAUGGAACUUCACAAUGGCACCUGGAACAAGGUCAGCAAGGGCUGCUGUGAGAUUCGCGGCAAGACGCUGGGUAUAGUCGGGUACGGGCACAUUGGCAGCCAACUGAGUGUGCUGGCCGAGUCCAUGGGCAUGGCUGUCAUCUACUACGACGUCCUCACCACCAUGGGGCUGGGUACGGCCCGACAAGUACAGUCCCUAGAUGAGCUCCUAGCUCAUUCCGACUUUGUCUCUCUACACGUUCCUGCGACUGCCGAGACCGAGAACCUCAUCGGCAAGGAGCAGUUUGCAAAGAUGAAGGAUGGCAGCUACCUCAUCAACAACGCGCGCGGCACCGUCGUGGAUAUCUCCGCCAUGAUCGAGGCUAGCCGCUCUGGCAAGCUUGCCGGUGCCGCCAUCGACGUGUUCCCCAACGAGCCCGCAGGCAACGGCGAUUACUUCACCAACGACCUCAACAACUGGACCAAGGACCUUAUCGGACUCAAGAACAUAAUUCUAACCCCUCACAUUGGUGGCAGCACCGAAGAAGCACAGAGCGCAAUCGGUGUCGAAGUCAGCACAGCACUAGUGCGCUAUGUCAAUGAAGGAACUACACUUGGGGCCGUCAACAUGCCCGAAGUUAACCUGAGAAGCUUGACACUUGACCAACCCGACUGCAUGCGUGUCAUCUACAUUCAUAAGAACGUACCUGGUGUACUGAGACAGGUCAACGGCAUCCUCCUCCACCAUAACAUCGAGAAGCAAAUGUCCGACUCUAGAAACGACAUUGCCUACCUCAUGGCAGAUAUCAGUGAAGUCAAGGAAGGCGAAAUUCGGGAUCUCGUCACCAGUCUCGAGGAACUGUCUUCAUGUAUCCGUACAAGAGUCUUGUACUAGACGGACACCACCAAGAUCCAGCAUCGCGGACAAGUGAGACGCAAGCACAGACCUUUUCGCUCUCACACUGCUGCUGCUAAUGCGCUCAUUCGACAGCAUGAGAAUGAUACCGUUUUGGAUAUGCUAGCGUCUCUGCCGCAUAUUCGCGAUCUGAAAAUUAGGGGCAAUAGACUUCAACACGGCGUCUGAGAAGAAGACAAAGGUGGUCUUUCUUGCAAAUGCGCCAUGGGCAGUAAAAAGGGAUUGGAAAAGCACACAUUGUUUCAACACCAUAGUGAAUUUUAUUACUAGCAUUCC